AUGUUUGUCCUAGGAGAAAAAGGCGAAAGAAUUGUCGUAGCACAGCAAGAGCAGAAUAGAUUGGUGUUGGGGACCAGGAUCACUUGCGUGCCCUGUGACGGGCGCUGCAGACAAAAAAGAUCGCGUUUGAACCCUGGUUUGCAUGGGACGGUAGCAGCGAGGGACGGCCACGCCGCCGCACCACCGCCGGCCACCAGGGGGCGCUGCUCCCCACCCACCGCCGGCGGCUCCUCUCGUCGGCGCUCUCUAUGGCCGUUGCCCGUGGCAGGGCCUCUGUUUACUUCCGGCAGGCCGGAGCGGCUGCAUGGGGCGCGGGGCCGAGCGCUGGCUGCGCGUUGCUAUGGCCGAACAGGCGGAGGAGGAAGACCUACCGGUGCCCGAAUCAGGGGCUGUUUUACUUUUGGAAAAAGCAACUUUGCAGAAAACAUUCCUAGCAAGUUCUGGUUCAGAAAUGACAAGCCGGUCCAUAUAUCAUGCGGAGAUGAACACACUGCUGUUGUUACAGGGAAUGGUAAACUUUACAUGUUUGGCAGUAACGACUGGGGCCAAUUAGGACUAGGAUCAAAGAAUACUGUCCACAAACCAACAUGUGUUAAAGCUUUAAAACCAGAAAAAACAAAACUUGCUGUUUGUGGAAGAAAUCAUACUUUAGUUUACACAGAAAAUGGGAAUAUGUAUGCCGCUGGAGGUAACGGUGAAGGUCAGUUGGGAUUAGGUGACACAGAGGAAAGGACCACAUUUCAUUUAAUUAGUUUUUUUACCAACCAGCACAAGAUCAAACAGCUAGCUGCUGGAUCAUACACCUCAGCAGCAGUAACUGAGGAUGGGCAGCUUUUUGUGUGGGGUGAUAAUUCAGAAGGUCAGAUUGGCUUGGCUGACAAAACCUACGUCAGUGUCCCUUGUCAAGUAGAUGUUGGAAAACCCAUUUCCUCUAUAUCCUGUGGAUAUUAUCAUUCUGCCUUCAUAACAGGAGAUGGUGAACUCUAUACUUUUGGGGAACCUGAGAAUGGAAAGCUGGGAUUAUUGCCUGAGCAGCUAAAGAACAGUAGAGUCCCACAGCCAGUACUGGGAAUUAUGGAAAAAGUUAAUAAGGUUGCUUGUGGUGGAGAACACACAGUGGUGCUUACAGAAACAGGUGUGUAUACAUUUGGACUUGGACAGUAUGGGCAGCUGGGACAUGGCACUUUACUUUUUAAAACUUCUGUACCAAAGUCUGUGAAACACUUGAGGAAAUGUAAAAUACGUAACAUUACAUGCGGGGAGAGUCACACUGCUGUAAUAGCAGAAAAUGGCCUCAUGUUUACUUUUGGAGAUGGGCGACAUGGAAAGUUAGGCCUUGGAGAAGAGAAUUUUGCAAAUCAGUUUGAUCCUGCUCUGUGUUCUAAUUUUUUGAGUUUCACGGUUCUUUUGGUUGCUUGUGGUGGUUGUCACAUGCUGGUUUUUGCUACUCCAAGACCAAAAGAAUCUGAAGAAAUACUCUUAGAAGAUUUAUAUGAGAGCCGUUUGAUUUCUACCAUCUCUAAAAUGAGCGGAGAUUCACUAGUAACAAACACAUUGCAAUUAACAUCAGCACGAAUACGACGUCGAGAGAGGGAACGGUCACCAGAACAGUGUAUUCAGAUGGCACGAACUCUGCCUCCACUGGGAGAACGCUUCUUAAAAUCUUCACUGCUUGUCACUAGCAACACCAGCCCAAUAUGUUUUUCUACAAUAAAUAUUCCUAAAUCUGAGCCUGUGAAAGAGAGACAUCGUGAAGAAGAAAAGAAGCAUCAAAAAGAUGAACCUGAUGAAAGCUCUCCAGAAGAUUCAGAUGCUGAAAAUAAUGACAGAAACCUUGGAGAGACAACUGACAUCCUAAAUAUGACACAUGUGAUGAGAUUGAACUCCAGUGACCAGUCCUUAAAAUUAUCACCAAUUCAAAAACAAAAGAAGAACAAUAAAAAUCUGAAACUGAAAAGAGAUGGAAAAGGUGGGCUGAAAACUGUUGAUUUUGAUUUCAUGCAGAAAGGAUCAGAAUUAGAUUCUGGUUCCUUACAAAAGCAGUCUUCACUUUCAGAGUUACCAGAACAAAAUGCAGAUUUAGAAAACAGUAAUGCCUUUGUCAGGAAGUCCACGGCCAAAACAAAUACAAGGAAAAGUAAAUCUCAGCAUACAGAAAGUGUUAGUACUUCAAAAAGUGGUGUUCAACACGUUAGUAGGGACAAAUGCAAAUUAGGUAAAAGGGAAAAAGAAUAUUCAGAAAAUCCUGAAAUUAUCAGAGAGGGAAUAACCUGUGGUUUUCCCAAUGAAAAAACAAAGGAUUCAGAUAAAAAGUUAAAAGUUGUUAGGUCUAAGCAAUCCCUUAAAAUUGAUGUACUUCCAUCUGCAGCCAAUAAUCAGCCCCAUAGUGGUUCAUUAAUUGUAGAAGAAUGCAAUCUUGUUAAAAAGCAAGGAAGUCAAGAAGCAGUAGAAAGUGGAAACAAAAUAAAGAAUGCUGUUGAAAAAUCUAAUACAUGUGAAAGAGGGAAACAAAGUAUUGAAAAGCAGGGGGAGUUUAAAAAAAAGGACCCAUUAUUUAAACAAAUAGCUGUAACUACAUCAUCGUCUUCAAGUGAAGAAAAUAGUAGUGAUCUUGCAAAAUAUGUUCUUAAAAGUGGGGAAAAUGAAGGGUACUGCUAUGAGUAUGGAGAGAUCCAGAAAUCAAUAAAAACAGAAAAUGUAAAAGAUCUGGAAUUACAAAAAGAAGGCAGUGAGAUUGAAGGGAUGCAAGCUACAAACAAUGAAAAAGAGUAUGUAGAAGCCAUUGAUAUAAAAAGCCUGAAUGAGGAAGAGACAUACUCUGAAGCUAAAUUUUAUGAAGACAGACAGUUAGAAACAAAAAAUGAUGAGGAAUCUAAUGAAGAGCAGGAGAGCGAAGACAGUGAAGAAGACGAAAGUGAAAAAGAAAAUGGCUGUCAACUGAAUGAAACAGUUGACAGUGAAGUUGAAUUAGGGGAGGAAGAUGAAGAGGCUGAGAUUGAAAAAGAUGCAGACAAAGUCAUUUCAGCAGAAAGUGAUGAAGAUGAAGAGGGAAAAGAUAAUGAAGAAAAUGAACGAGAUGAAUCACCAAUUGAAAGAGACAGUGAAAAUGGGGAUGCAGAAGAGGUUGAAGUGAGUUAUGAAAAACAUGUCACAGCUCAAGAAGAUGAAGAAGGCAGAUUGAUAGAGGAAGCAGAAAUACAGAGUGAGGGAGAAAAAGAGGAUAUUGAAGAAGAGGAGGAGCAUGUAAAAGAGAAACAAAUUGAAAAGGAAGAGGAGGAACAGGAUAAAAGUGAAGGAAGAGAUGAGAGUGAGGAAGGAGGCGAAAAUGUAGAGGAGGAGGAACAAAAAGGGGUUGAGGCAGAACAGGAAGGAGAAGAUGGAAAGGAAAGUGAAGAAGAAGAAAGGGAGACUGAAGGAGAUGGUGAAGAGGAGUUAGAAGAAGCCUUGUCAGGGAGGGAAGAAGAAGAGAGAUCCAAAGAAGAAUGGGAGGAGGAAGAUGGAAAUAAGAGGGCUAAGGAGAUGAAGGAGAAUGGAGUAGAAGAGGAAGGAGAAGGGGGGGAGGAUGAACUAGAAGAGCAAAGAGAAGAAGAAGAGGAGGCAGAGGAAGGAGCAGAGAUAGAAACUGAAGGGGAGGAGGGAGAAGAAGAUGAAAACAAGGAAGAGGGGGAGGGAGGAAAUGAAGAAGAGGAAGAAGAUGAUGAAGAAGAAGAGGGAGAAGAGAUGGAAGAAGAUGAGGGAAAAGGAGUGGAAGAAGAGGAAGUAGAAUUAGAAGAAGAGAAUGAAGAAGGAAUAGAAGAAGAGGAAGAGGAAAUUGAGGAGGAAGAGGGAGAGGGAGCUGAGGAAGAAGAGGGAGAGGGAGCUGAGGAGGAAGAAGGAGAAGAAGAGCAAGAAAAGGAAGAGGGAGAGGGAGCUGAGGAAGAAAAGGGAGAGGGAGCUCAGGAGGAAGAAGGAGAGGAAGAGCAAGAAGAGGAAAAGGAAGAGGGAGAAGAAGAAAAAAGAGAACAGGAAGAAGAGGAAGAAGGACGGGAAGAGGAGGAAGAAGUAGAGGAAGUGGAAGAAGGAGGAGAUGAAGAGGAUGAGGAUGAGGGUCAGGAGGAAGAAGAGGAGGAUGGAGAGGGAGAAGAAGGAGAGGAAGAAGAAGAAAAAAGAAAAGAUGAAAGAAAAAUUGUUAAUAAUAAGCUUCAACAAAAGAAAAGCAUAACCAGGAAACCAGGGAGGACAGAAAGUUCUGCUGUUCCAAACAGCUCCAAACAAAAAAUGAAGUCAAAGCAGCGCGUGGCAAAUGGUUUGCAUAAUUCAGAACAAUUUUGGAAUAAUGUGCUGCCUCAUUAUUUAACACUGAAAUAGUAUAGACUAGUGGAGAUUCAUCUUGAGUCUACUCAGGAAAAUCUGAAACUACAGCAAAUUGAUUUUUAAAAGUAUCCAAAAAUUUGUUAUACAUAUAUUUUAAGUGCCUAUUUAUUGGAAAAGAAGAUGCAUGGAUUUGAGAAGCUUUUAUGAGAUAAAUCAUAUACUUUGUUGAUAAAAUCAUUUAAAUAAUCAUCUUUAUCAUAUUUGACACAGAUUUAAAAGAACUACUAAGGAGGCAGGAUGUGUUUGCCUGCAAUUAUAACUUCAUGCUGAUAACAUGAAUUAUACAUUGUAACAGUGUAAUCUUUGCAUCUGAAUCAGAUUUCCUGAGGUAAUACAUGAAUUUUAGUAGCAGCUUACUUGUUAAUGUGCCUGAUUUGAAAAGAAUGUCAGUAAAUCAUUAAGGAUACAUAAUUUAAAAUUUUGAUGUCACUCCAUUUUCAUUCCCCCUACAUUUCUUCUGUUCUUAUAUAGGCAGAAUGUUUGUUCAAAUACUCAGCGUAAGUUAGAGCACAAGUUGCCAAGUAUAGAUGGGUCAGUAGAUGAGAGGAAAAUGGAAAUGUGAGCCUGGGCAAAAGAUGGCUUGGGCUUUUCCAAAGGCCUUAAAGGUUCACUUUGUAUUUUGGUGUCAGCACACAAUUAUGUGCAUAAAAGCUGAACAUAAACCUCAGAAUUUUGUCUAGAUUGCAUUAUAAUGAGAAUACAUUCUCUUUAGUGAUAAUUUUCAUUUGCUACUUUUUAUGAUUUGACAUAAUUAAGAAAUUUGAAAAUAUACACCUGUAAAACAUGAUUUACUUGUGUAUACUGUGCAAUACAGAAAAGACUCAAUAGCUGCCUACAAAAGACUAAAAUAUAUUGUCACCUAAUUCUAAGGUUCUCAAGGAGGGGAUUAUAUUUUGUUGCAGAGUGAAUUACGUAUGUGUUUCCAGGAUCAGAGCUUAAGCUUCUCCUCAUUUGAGGAGGUUUGUGUUUUCCCUUCCUUUCUGAAAGAAGGUGCUGUAACAAACCAGGGAAGUAAAUGGAAUAGUAGCAAAAGUGGCACGGAAGUCUAAAUUAUUUUUUAAAAAGAGAAAGGAUGCUAAUACUUAUACACAAACAAAUCUUGAAAGAUAUUUUUGGUGCUGCAUUAUUGUUAUUAGAAUCUGAACCAGCAAAAGAAGGGAUAUGAACUCUUGUCAUUCAGCAUUAUUAGUUAAGUACUAUGCUAAUGGUUUGUCUGAGGAAAUUUUGUAAACAUCUCUCAGUAUUCACUGGAAUUCAUUGGAAGAAUUGUUAUUUAAACGUUAUUUAAAAUGGAUACUGAAGAAGGAAAACAAAAUGAGUAAAUGCCACUCAAUAAAAAUUAAAAACAGAAUCAAUACUUAUGUUGAGAUUAUGAAACAUUUUUUAUGUUGUAAGAUAUUAACAUUAAACUGUCUUUGGCACAAUGUCUCCAGAAUUUAUUUUCUAAGAAGGCAUUGGUAGAUUAAUGCUUUGCUAGUGCAUUCUAGUUCAUUUCAAUCCUUCCUAUCUGAAUCACCCUUUCCAUAUACUAUGUUUGAAGGUAAGAUCAAUUUCAGUUGCAUGCUGUAUGUAAUAACUAAAAUAAAAAUAGUUAGUCCAGUGACUUUAUUUUGUCCCUGUGAAAUUAAUUUCAACCUUUAUAACUUUCUGGAAUACAUUGUCUUAACGUGGGUAUGGAUGAAUAAGUCUUGGAAAAAAAGGUAAGUAUAAUGAUAUUAUGAUAGAGGGGAAUAUUGUAACAGUUAAGUGCACUCCCCAAGAAGACAGCUCACUCUUACAAUGGAGUCCUUAAUUCUUCUAUAGACGUACUGCUUUUUCACUGAAGUACUGUGAAAUCGUUUACUUCUAAAACUAAGUAGAGUUAAACUGUGUUAUUUUACCUUUCUUAGGAAGAUUAGGAUGUUACUGUGACUAAACUUGGAGCAAUAGUGGAAAGUAUUUUUGUAGGUCUAAAAUUGUGUUUCUUGGAAUAUAAUCUACUUCUGAUUCUGAAAGUCAGUCUUGGAAGAAAGCUGUGUAAGAAUAUUCUGUUGUUAUGAAUAAUAUUUCCAAGAGAGAGAGAGAAAGAGAGAGAGAGAGAAGAAAAAAAGUAGUGGGCACUUUGAUUUCAGAUCCACACAGGAAUAAAUUGUUCAUUAUUGUUUGGGUGUAGCUUUUAAUCUAAAUUUUUAGGCAAAUAGGGACCAUUUGUUGUUUCUUGCUUAGCAAACGCUGAUAGUAUAAGGCUUCCCAAGGUUUCCCAAGAGUCUUAAAGAAGCCAAGUGUGGACAUCUCUUCUUUAUUCUGUCUGGAAAAAAUUCAUUGACAUUAAAAUUGAUUUUAUAUUGCUUUGUGCAUCAUUCCUGUGGUAAGGGAAAACCAGAGCAUUUCUGCAGUUCUUCUAAGGGUUUUCCACAGAACUGUUACAUAAAUUGUUCACUAUGCCAAUGUUUCUGGGCUUUGGGGGAAUUUGGAACUUCAUCAGCAUUAACUAGAGUGGAAUUUUGUUUAGUUUGACUCAUACUGAUUUAUAAAGCUUGGUAGCUGUGGUUUUAUGGAAAUUCAGUAUGUCCUUGGUUUUUAUUAUGGGAUAGAAAAAGAUUUAUGUGCAGUAAGUAAGCUUAAGUAACAUGGCAGAAGCACUCUCAAACUAGUUUUUAGUAGAGAAAAAAAAAUCCAGAACUAGAGAAAACAACAGACAUUACUACCCAGACCAAAGGUUUGUCUAGCACCGAUAUUCCUUCUCUGUGUGAUACUUCUCCUUCCUCAAAGAGGGAGAAGGGUCCUUGGGGAAGCCCGUUGAGAGGGCUUUAAAGUAGGUCUGAAGGGUUACGGAAGGUAUAGCGAGCCUUCCCUUGGUAAGAUGUGGGAUAACAUAACUAGAUUAGAAGGACAGGGUGCUAUCAGGGGCCUUGAAGGACCUGCUGCCUUGAGAAGUGCUGGCAACACUGCAGCACAUACAAAAUCUUGUGAUGAUGAGGCAGUGACUGCUGGAGCAAUAGGAGAAGGCUAUGGGGAAAAUCAAGGAAAAUACUUAAGAUGAAUUAAGGAGUUAUCCUUUAAAGAGGUGACAAGACCAGCUACCCUGCUGGAGUGCCUCUACACCAGUGCACACAGCUUGGGAAACAAACAGAAGGAGCUGGAAGCUACUGUGCUACUAGAAAAUCAUGAAAUAGUUGCUGACACCGAAACCUGGUGGGAUGAUUCCCAUAAUGAAAGUGUGGCUAUAGAUGACUGCAAACUGUUCAGAAGGGACAGACAAGAAAGGAGGGGAGGGGGUGUUGCUAUCUACAUCAAAAAAGGAAUAGAAUGUGAAGAGCUGUUCCUAAGAAUAGUCUUGAACAAGUUCAAAAAGUGUGGGUAACAGAGACUGAGGCAGCAAAGGGAGCCUUGUGAUCGCUGUCUGUUACAGGCUACCUGAUCAAGUAGAGGCCUUCUACCUCCAGCUACAGGAGGCACUGCGAUUGCAAGCACUCAUCCUGCUGGGGGACUUCAGUCACCCAGACAGCUGCUGGAAAAAUAGCAUUGCAAGCUGUAAGCAAUCCAAGAGGAUCCUGGAAUGGCUGAGGAUAAAUUCUUGAGUCAAGUAAUAGAAGGCCUCACCAGGGGUUGCAAUACGGGACUUGUUGCUCAUCAGUGCAAAUGAACUGAUUGGUGACAUCAGGAUUGGAGGCUGCCUGGGUUGGAGUGACCAUGCUAUGGUUGAAGUCAUACUCUGGAGGGAUUUAUGACAGGCAAAGGGUAAAGUUAGGACACUAAAUUUUAGGAAAGCUAAAUUCCAGCUCUUCAGGGAGUUAGUCAACAAAACACCCUGGGAAACUGUCCUCAUGGGUACGGGUGCAGAGCAGAGCUGACAGAUAUCUUUUAGGGAGUUUUCCUCAGUGUGCAAGAGCUCCUCCAUCCCCAGACAGUCAGGAUAGGAAGGCAAGAGACUGGCAUGGCUGAACUUAGACCUGCUGGUCAAACUGAAGAGCAAGAAGAAAAUGCAGUGGAAACAGGAAUGGGUAUUAUGAGAAGACUAUAAGGAAGCUGCUAGGCUGUGUAGGGAUGAGUCAGGAAAGCCAAGGCCCAGCUUGAGCUAAGCUUGGCAAGGGGUACCAAGAAGAACAAGAAAGGCUUCUACAGGUACCUCAAUCAGAAAGGGAAAGUCUAGGAGGGUGUAUUCCCCCUAGUGAGUGACACAGGCAGGCUGGUAUAAAGGCAGACAAGGAGAAGGCUGAGGUACUUAACAAUUUCUUUGCCUAGGUCUUCUCUGAUAACUGCUUGUCACACAUCCCUCAAAUGUUUGGUUUAGUUGGAGGAGACUGGGGAAGCAAUGUUUCUCCCAUUGCAACUGAAGAUCAGGUUCAUGACCACCUGAGGAACCUGAACAUCCACAAGUCUAUGGGUCCCAAUGAGAUGCAUUCCAGACUCCUGAGGCUGAUGUAGUCACCAAGCCACUCUCAAUGAUAUUUGAAAAUCAUGGCAAUCAGACAAAGGCUGAUGGUGACUGGAAAAAAGGCAAAAUCACAGCCAUUUUUAAGAAGGGUAAAAUGGAUAACCCUGGGAACUAUCAACCUGUCAGUCUCCCCUCUGUACCAGGAUGGAGUAGAUCCUCCUGGAGGCUAUGUUAAAGCAAAUGGAAUACAGGGAGAUCUUAUAGGAGAACCAGCAUGGCUUCACCAAGGGCAAAUCCUGCUUGAUCAACCUAGUAACCUUUUAUGGUUUCACUGCAUCAGUGGACAAUAAAGUGGAGUCCUCAGUACAGAGAGUACAGUACAGAGACUGUUGGAGUAUGUCCAGAGGAGGGCCACAAAAAUAAUCCAAGGGAUGGAACAGCUGUCCUACAAGGACAGACUGAAAGAGCUGGGGCUGUUCAGCCUGUGGAAGAGAAGGGUCCGAAGGUCACCUGAUGCUGGUCUUUCAAGUAUCUAAAGGGGAGCUACAGGAAAGAAGGGGACAGAUUCUUUAGCAGGAUUUGUGAUGAUAGAACAAGGAGAAAUAGCUUCAAGCUUAAAGAGAGUAAGUAGAUAAAGGUUGGAUAUAAGGAAAAAAGACCUGUACAGUGAGCAUGGUGAAGUACUGGAAAAGGUUGUCUAGAGAUGUGGUGGAUGCUCUGUCCCUAGAGACUUUCAAGACGAG